AUGCCAGGCCUGGGUGAGAAGCCAUCAGAGCCCAGCAAGAUCAUCAGAAAAAAAAAACAAAGAAAUCCAGGGAAAGAAAUAAAGGAACGAACAAGACAAGGAAAGGGGAAAAAACAAGGGAAGAAUAAAGGAAAGGAAAAAAGGAAGGAAGGAAGGAAAGGGGGAUGUAGUAGUAAUGAAAGAAGAAAGGAACAAGAGAAAACAGAAGAGGAAAGAGAAAUGAAGGCAAGAAACAAGGCCAGCCAAGAAAAAAAAAAAGAAAAGAAAAUAGUGAAAAAAAUGAAAGAAAAAACAAGGAAGGAAAAAGGUAACGAAAUAGAAGAAGGAAGAGAAAGGAAGGAAGGAAAGAUAAAAGCCUAUAGGAAAAGUAAAAAGCAAAGAAAGAGAACACCAGAGGAAAAGAGCAAAGAAGACUCGAAAGAGAGAGAAUCAAAGAAAAAGAAAGCCAAGACAAAAGAAGGAAAAAAAGAAAAAGAAGGAAAGGAAACCGAAGGAAGAAAAGAGAAAAGGAAACAAAAAAGCGAAAGUACUGAAGGCAGGAAAAGGGGAGGAAAGGAGAAGAGGAGGAAAGAGGCAAAGAAUGAGAAGUGAGAAAGAGGAAGGAAAAGGAAGGGAACGUCAAGGAUAGCAACGAAAUGGAGAGAAAACCCAGGGAAAGAAAGCAGGGAAAAGGAACUAGAGGAAAAAGGAAGAAAAAGCAAGGAAGGAGAGAAGGAAAGGAAAAGGAAGAAAAAGCAAAAGAAGGGAGGGGAAAAAGAGGGAAGAGAGAAAUAGGUAAGGGGCAAAGAAGGGCCCAAGAGGGAAGUGCCAAACACGGAAGGGCCAAGCAGGGAAGGGAAAAAGGAAGGUAAAGCAGGAGAGUAAAAAUGCAAGGAGAAAAUGAAAAAGGAAAAGGAGAAAGGAAGACGAAACAGAGAGAAACUAAAGGCAAGGAGAAAGGAAAGGGAAAAAUAAGGAGAAUAAAGGCGAGCAAGCCAAGGAACAAGGGAGAGAAGAAGAUAGGAAAUUGAAUGAAAAGAGAGAAAAGGAGAGCUAAGAAAGGGAAAAGGAAGGAAGAAAAGAAAGGAAAAGGGCAAUAGAGGAAAAAGAAAAGGGGAAAAAGGGAGAAAGGAACAAGGGAGGAGGGAAAAGGGAGAAUGAGGAGGAGGAACGAAAAGGGGAAAACCCUGAAAAAAGAGGCAAAAGCAAGGAGGAGAAGAAAGAAGGAAGGGAAGAAGGGGAGAAAGGAAGGAAGUGAACAAGGAAGGAAGGGAAUAAGAGGGAAGUGAAAGAAGGAGGGGAAAGAAUCAGGAGAGGCGAGACCAAGGAGAGGAAAAAAGAAGGCAGGGGAAAAAGGAGGAAUAAAAAGGAGGGCAAAUAAGAAAGAAGGGGGAAAAAAAGAAGUAAGGGAAAAUAGAGGGGAAAUAAGGAGGGCAAAUAAGAAGGAAGGAGAAGAAAAGGGCAAAAGAAGGAGAGGAGACUCAAGGAGGGUCAAAAAGUAGGAGCAGCAAAAGCUAGAGGGGAAAGAACAAGGGAGGACAAAAUCAAGGGAGAGCAAGAGCAAGGGAGAGAGUGCUAACGGGCAAAUAACAAGGAGGACAAUUAAUAAGGGAAAAGAAGGAAGGGAAAAGAAGAAGGAUGUGAAAAAAGGAAGAGAAAAAAAGAGGGAAGGGAAAGCGCAAGGAUGAGAAAGAAUAAGGAGGAGAAAGAAAAAGGAGCGCAAGUAACAAGAGGAGGAAAAAAGGAGGUUGGUGAGAAAGGAGAAGGGCCAAAAACAAGAGAGAAAAAACCAGGAGGGGAAGAAACUAGGAGAAGGAAAAACUAGGAGGGCAUAUAAUAAGGAGGGUAAAUAGGAAGGA